AGAGGAAGAUAGAGAGACAGAGAAAGAGAGAUAUUCCUGGCACCAGUCUGGAGGGAGUGGAGAGUGAUCACACAGCCAGCUGGGUCAUCUGUCCUUCUAUUAUGGUAUGGCCCCACUGGGAUUCGUGGCCUUUGGGUCACCGUGGAAACACUCAUCAGUGACAGGUAUGGUUCAAUCUGAGAAUCCCUUCAGACUGGAUCCUCUCAGACCCCAGCACCCCCCUCCAUCUAUCCAGUUUAACACACACACACGCAUCCCCUCUUACACCUGACAUUCCCAAAUCCCCUUUCAAUUCAGCAUGGGAGAGAGUGAGAAAGAGAGAGAGACCAGACCAGUACAGACACCAGAUCAGUAAAGAUCCUAGUAUAGAGACCAUAUAGAGACAACCCCUCCCAGUUCUGUCAUCACCCAACCAUUCCUGAGGCCCAAUCCCUUUGGUCACCACCACUGACUGUCUGAUAGGUCAUCUGUUAGUCAUGUCUUACCCAGGAACAAUCCCUUUGGUCACCACCACUGACUGUCUGAUAGGUCAUCUGUUAGUCAUGUCUUACCCAGGAACAAUCCCUUUGGUCACCACCACUGACUGUCUGAUAGGUCAUCUGUUAGUCAUGUCUUACCCAGGAACAAUCCCUUUGGUCACCACCACUGACUGUCUGAUAGGUCAUCUGUUAGUCAUGUCUUACCCAGGAACAAUCCCUUUGGUCACCACCACUGACUGUCUGAUAGGUCAUCUGUUAGUCAUGUCUUACCCAGGAACAAUCCCUUUGGUCACCACCACUGACUGUCUGAUAGGUCAUCUGUUAGUCAUGUCUUGCCCAGGAACAAUCCCUUUGGUCACCACCACUGACUGUCUGAUAGGUCAUCUGUUAGUCAUGUCUUACCCAGGAACAAUCCCUUUGGUCACCACCACUGACUGUCUGAUAGGUCAUCUGUUAGUCAUGUCUUACCCAGGAACAAUCCCUUUGGUCACCACCACUGACUGUCUGAUAGGUCAUCUGUUAGUCAUGUCUUACCCAGGAACAAUCCCUUUGGUCACCACCACUGACUGUCUGAUAGGUCAUCUGUUAGUCAUGUCUUACCCAGGAACAAUCCCUUUGGUCACCACCACUGACUGUCUGAUAGGUCAUCUGUUAGUCAUGUCUUACCCAGGAACAAUCCCUUUGGUCACCACCACUGACUGUCUGAUAGGUCAUCUGUUAGUCAUGUCUUACCCAGGAACAAUCCCUUUGGUCACCACAGCUGGCAGCCUGAUAGGUCAUCUGUUAGUCAUGUCUUACCCAGGAACAAUCCCUUUGGUCACCACCACUGACUGUCUGAUAGGUCAUCUGUUAGUCAUGUCUUACCCAGGAACAAUCCCUUUGGUCACCACCACUGACUGUCUGAUAGGUCAUCUGUUAGUCAUGUCUUACCCAGGCCCAGCAGGUCGCUGGGAGGGAGGAGCCAGCUGA